CAAUAAAGAGAUACGAUAAUUAUGUAAUAUCUACUUAAUCUGUUCUUGUAAGAUAAAUGAAUUUCAAAUUGCCGCCUUAAUAAUGGCGGUCGUGUAUUGUCAUCAUUGCAGGUGAUAAAGCCUAGUCAAAGUGUCUAUAAACACAAUUAUGGAUAGAAUAAUCAAAGGAAUAAUACAGUAUAGAAAAUGGCAUAGGGAAGGGAUGGUGAAACAAUUUCAAAAAGUUCGAGAUCAUCCCGAGCCGAAAGCAGUAUUUUUUACAUGCAUGGAUUCUCGGAUGAUUCCAACUAGGUUUACGGAAACAAACGUUGGAGACAUGUUUGUCGUCAGAAAUGCCGGUAACAUUAUUCCUCAUCCUCAACAUUUUGUAGACGAAUUAACAAUGUGCGAACCAGCGGCUUUAGAACUUGGUUGUGUGGUAAACGACAUAAGGCAUAUUAUAGUAUGCGGGCAUAGCGAUUGCAAAGCUAUGAAUUUAUUGUACGCGUUACGAGACGAAGAAUUCGCAUCCAAAGUGAACAGGAGGAUAUCGCCGUUAAGAGCAUGGCUAUGCGCGCACGCUAGUAGCAGUUUAGCGAAGUUUCAACAACUCGAAAUCAGUGGCUUCGAUCAGCCGAUACUUUUUCAAGCUGAAACGCCAUUACGGAAGUUCGUGGCCUAUAUCGAUCCCGAAAAUAAGUUCGCCAUAGAGGAUAAAUUAUCUCAAGUAAAUACUUUGCAGCAAUUGCAAAACAUAGCUUCUUAUGGGUUUUUGAAGAAGCGCCUGGAGAGGCACGAUUUACACAUUCACGCUCUGUGGUUCGAUAUUUAUACCGGUGAUAUUUAUUACUUUAGUCGGGCUAAUAAAAGAUUCGUUGAAAUAAACGAAUUAACCGAAACGCCUUUACUUGGAGAAAUUAAGAAAUACUAUUCAUAAAUUAUUUUAUGCUUAACACGUUCGUCAUCAGUAUUUUAUUUUAUA